AUGAGUCUCUCUGAGAAACAGAAAGCGCUCUUGAAAGAGUUGAACAAUAUCACACUCGAUGUGGACGGCAUCCUUACUUCUCAGACAGUUGAAGAGGCCAGCCAGUUCUUCUUAAAAGACCUCCGACCUGGAAGAGGCUUGAUUGGAAAUAAAUCAGAAGAAGAGAAGUUUGGAGCUCGAAAAACUCCCAAUGCAGGACUCUCCACAGAACCGUCCUCAAGCCAUUCUGCACAUAGCGAUGGCGAUGAAGACGAUGAUGCCGUCAGCGAUAUAGACAACAUUGAACAAGGUGAUAGAACUUACAAGCCCAAUCGACCUCCCAGCCCGACAGAAUCAGAUGAAGAGGAAAUCGAAGAGGAAGAAGAAGUAGAGGAAUCCGAUAAAUUUGACGACAAAUACGUCGUUAUAAACGGUAUUCGGUUUGGGCUCUGGGAUUACUUGGGGUUUGGAUACAUGGACUACAUCAAAACUCUUUACAAUGUGGAACCAAUCAAGCAGCCGGCAGAUAUGACUGUAGUUCUACAUGAUUACCAAAGGAAGAUUAUUGCACAAUCUCUUCUUUCUUUGAACUCCCCAUUCAGGGGUUUCUUAAACGGUUCUGCCAUGGGCCUAGGCAAAACAAUCGAGGCUAUCGUCACAAUGUACCUUUUCAAGAAUGAGCCCGGAAUGAGUUUUGUUGUCUGUCCCGCGGCGUUGUGCCCACAAUGGGUAAAGGCAAUCAACUCUUCAUGGAAAGAAGGGCACGGCAUAACAGCCUUUCAUUUGCAUGACAGCAGUCUUACUGCACAUGACGUGCAAGGCAUGGGAUGUGAUGUCCUAGUCAUGAGCUAUAACUUUGUCGAGACAAAUAAACGCAAAUCAAGUAAAUUUGCGGGAGACAUCGCGCUGUAUGCCAAUGGCAGCAAAGCUACUCGACCAAAGAGGCCAACCAUGUCCGUCCAAAGUGAAAUUUGGCAUGACCUGAAACUACAGCCAAAGUUACUUGUCUUAGACGAAGCUCAAAUGGUGAACAAGCCGGCUUUAGCAUGGGCGCGCGCGUUGAUGGCUUUAAAGGCAAAGCGAGUUCUGGUAAUGAGUGGAACCUUACCGCACAACCAGUGGACCAACGUCUUUGGUUACCUGAAGUUCUUGAAGGGUCAUCCCUUCCACACUCAGAGUGAGUUCCUUCGUGUAUUUGGGACACCUGGUGAACGAAUUACCAGCGCUAGGAAAUUGGCCUGCCUAGCUAGAUUCAUGCAAGGCUUCACCAUAGCCCACCCCUCCUCAAUCCUCAACUUGCCCCAAAUGAACUCGUUUAGGAUAUCAUUUAAUUUGCUUCCACGGGAGGCCGUGGCAGUAGCGGAGUUUGUUUUCGAAUACAAGAAAUGCGUCAUAGGAACACCGGACAUAAUAAUCGACGGUGGCGAUAGGGGUCAAGGCCUAGGUCUAUUCACUUACGCCAUUCAAGCACAGGUGAAGGCUGGGCAUCCUAUGAUGGGCGAGUAUUUGUCUGAGCGCUGGGUGCGCCUUGCUCGUUUGGAUGGUAUAAAUUUUAGAGUCUUCUCAGGAGAGGAUGUUGAUGACCAGAAACCUGAAGAGAGAAAGGAUUGGCUUGAAAGAGUCAAGAAAAGACCCGACAUAGUAAAUGAAUCAGGUAGACUAAGUAAGCUGAUGGAGCUUUUCCGUCAUCUCACAAUCACCUACCCAGAAAGAAAACUAGUCAUGUUUAGCAGUUUCCUGAAAUUCUUAGACAUUGUAGAAGAAGGCAUACUGAGGCGCUUCAAGAUACAAUCACUAAGGUACGAUGGAACCACGCCUUCUGAUGAGAGGCCGAAGAUAGAAGAGGCUUUUGUUGAAUCAAAUAACAAUGUUCCAUUGUUGAUGACUGCUGGAUCAGGUAGCAUUGGUCUGAACAUCACCUCCGCCUCCAUUGUUAUAAUAUGUGAGCCCUGGUGGAAUCGGAAUUUAGAGAAGCAAGCAAUUGCUAGAGUGUAUAGACAAGGACAGGAAAAGAAUGUGCUGCUAUUUAAACUCUUCGGGUUAAAUAGUGCUAUCGACGCGGAGGUUGUCACAGUUGCUGAAGCAAAGGUAGCAAUCAACGAAGACUUAAUGAGAGUGUUAGUCACGAAGCACGAUGAGCAGCCAAAGUUUGAUGAUAUCCUCACGCAUCCACCCGUUCCUCAUGUUGAGUUCCCCGAGACAGCAGUUAUCUAG